UAAUCAGUGUGUCUCGUUAAAGAACAGACCCGUUGAUUUGAACAAAUUUCGACGUUUGCCGCUCCAAAGCUCUAGAAGAAGUCGUGUUGUGGCCGCUAAACAUUCACGGUGUUGUUCAAAGGAUUCGUUGGUUUGGAAUAUGGAAACACAAGUCUGUCAUUAUGAGCCUCCAACUAUGGCAGACAGACGAAUCAAGAUCGAGAGAGACGAAGAUGACGAUGACUCGUGCGAGAACAGCGAGACAGACAUCCCUUGUAUAUCAACUGUUCCUUUCUCUGCCGACAAAAACACCGGCUCGUACUAUUAUCCGUCGCAAGCUGUGGUGGUGCCCAGGACACCAGUCUAUACGACCGUCGGUAAGAUGGCUCAAAAACGGAAGACUGUUCAGGCUCUCGCGCAGGCGGCCCUGAUGACGGCUGAUGAACCGAUCCUAUUUGAAGAAACUAUUUGGUGCAGUAACGCAAAAAUUGCCCUAAUUGACACGAAAACAAAACAAGUAAUUGCUCGAGAUCAUCUUAGAAAGAACAGCAACAACAGUUCAACGUCGCCACCACAGGCAACCGACUCCACAACGACAGUGAAUACAACGAGAGAUCUCUCAGCAAGCUCAGCUCCACUAUCGCGUGUUUCCAAACCCUGUCAACUCCAACGUCUCGGCAAGGUGGGUAGUACUGCGGCACAUCCAGAAACCGGCGAGACCAGUUUGUCGUCAACCUCCAACUCCACUGCCUCCACUUUCACUACCUCGAAUUUUCCCGCCAAAAGCACAAGUGCAUCCGGCGUGUCGUCAGCGGUUGCUACCACUGCCCUCUCCACUCCGCCCGUGCAAAACCAACUUGCAAGGCACGAAGCACCCACAACAACAACAACUGUACCCCGACCCAGAACCUCUUUGCUAAACAGCCUUCCCUCGGAGAGAGCACGAAUAGAGCCUACGAAGGGUACUCUAGACAAGCCUCCGGUUAAAAAGACAACAUAUAAACCACUGGCUAUGGCCCCGUACGCUUCAGUUCGACCCGAAAUGAGUUCUUCGUCAGUUAGACCGGAAACCAACUCCAAAAUGGCCGUUUGCCUACCAAACUCUGCUUCGAAGACCGAAAGUUCUGUUGCUCGUUGUGUGUUUGUCCCAAGAGAAAUAAAUUUGGGGGCAAUUGAAUUGAGACUCGAAGACUGCAUCAAUGUUAAGGAUAUCUGCGAUAAAGAACUCACGAAAUGGACCGCCGAAGAUGUGGCGAAGUUCGUACGAGCAACGGAUUGUUCCGAAUAUGCUCACGUGUUUGUUGACCAAGAAAUCGAUGGUAAAGCCCUGACAUUAUUGAAUCAAGACUUCCUUAUCCAAUGGAUGAAGUUAAAACUUGGACCAGCCAUGAAAUUAAACUGUCACAUUAUUAAUCUUAAACAUUCGUUAAACAGCAGUUAGCUUCGGCUUAGCAAUCUGUACAUAGUGUUUAUAUUGUUCAUAAAUUCGUUUGACCAUAAUGUUGGUAGACGCCGAUAACCAAUCCAGUUUAAAACUGUGUUUGUGUGUGUCUGUGGGACUGUGUUUAGUGGUGUGUGUGUGUGUGGUACUUUUUUGUAAGUGGUUAAAAACUUUUCAAAAGAGUAAAAAUUGUAUGGAGAGAAACUAGUAUAAACUUUGAUAGGUGAACAGGAUGAGUCACCUUUGAUUUUAACAGGUCACAGACUCUAAAUGAUUUUCUUUUAUACUCAGUGUAAAAGUAAUAUUAAUUAAGAUGAUAAAUUUUUAAAUUUCUGAUAACUUGUAUAGUUAGAUACUCGAACCACAAUACUGCGGGGUAAAAUGACGUAUUGCCGUUGUAUACGCUGUAGAUUCUAAUUUUGCAGCACGUGGUCGCCAAAUGUUUUGUUCUCCUCCCCCCGUACUGCAAUAGCUACCAAAGUCAUUAAAGCAAAAUUUCCGAAGUAUUUAGUUUACGAUGGAUGCAGGCCUGCGAUGGAUUUAGCUUAAAUUUAGCUAAAUAUAAUAAGCU